AUGCUCUUCAGACUCACCGCCCGCUCCCUCCUCACCCCCCGAGCACCUCCAACUCGCACACUAGCAUCCACAUCAUUUAGUGGCCGCAACCCCGUAGAUAUCAAAGUGGAUGAGAUCUCUGAGCAGUAUGCAAUUGCAAAAGAUGAGUUAGAAAUCGCUGUUGAAGAGACAGAAAAACGGUCCAUCUAUGCUGCCGACGAUCGAGCUACGGUACGAGAGGAGCUAGAGAAGCUCGAGAAUCUCUAUAGAGACUCUGUGUCGACCUUGCCAGCCGAGCAAGGCGAGGAGAUCAGGAGGAGGGUUGAGCAGCGUAUCAGGGAGUUUAGGAAUGCUGUCCAAGAGCUGAAUAAGGCGGACCUGGAGGAUUGA